UUCUGUGAUAUUUUUGUUUUCUCUGUCUGCAGAUAAAGAUCUUCAGUAUCACAUUGUUAAGCAAGCUAGAGCUCAAAGUGCAAAAGAAGGUACAGGCUACAGUGAAGGAUCUUACUCAUUACUGCCUGUAGAAGUUCCUCAAAAUCACAAGCGUUUCACCUGUGACCUGACUCAAGCUGAUCGCCUUGCUCUUUAUGAUUAUGUUGUUGAGGAAACAAAGAAACAGAGGUCUAGAUCCCAAACCAUGGAAAACGACAGUGACCUCUUUGUGGAUUUAGCAGCAAAAAUCACCCAAGAUGAUAGUCAGAAAGGUCCAAAGUCCCAUCUUGAAAUUCUGGCUGAAAUGCGAGACUACAAAAGGCGGCGACAGUCGUACAGGGCUAAGAAUGUUCAUAUAACAAAGAAGUCUUACACUGAGGUGAUUCGGGAUGUGAUUGGUGUGCAUAUGGAAGAACUCAGCAAUCACUGGCAGGAGGAGAAUAGGUUGGAUAAUGCAGAGAUAUGUGAAGGAGGGAAGUCAAAAUCUUCAGGAAGGAAGACAGGCGGUCGGCUUCAGUGGACUCACGGCAGUCUGGAGGAAGCUAUAAAGAUACUGAACGUACCAGACAUAGGAGAGAGACCAGCAGGAGUCCAAAUAAACGAAAAAGGAGUCGCGAAAGAGGCAAAGACAGAGAUUCUCGAAGAAAAAGAGAGAGGGAUGAAGACAAAUAUCACAGCCAUAAAAGGAGAAAGUAGAAACAAGAACCUGAUUAUUUUGUUUGUCAGCUGCUCAAAAAAUUAGUUGCACGGGAACUAUCGUUACUGCUGUUGUGCCAGGGACAGUAAUGCUGUCUACAUGAUAUUGGUGUUGCAUCACAGCUGUGCUUGAGACAAAAAUGAAGCAGUGUUCAGGUUUGUCAGGAUGGAAGCAGUAUAUAGCAGAAAAUGUGUAAAUAUGUAACACUAAUGCAUCUAUUAAUAAAUUAUAUUGCUCUUUC